AUGGGUCGGGACACAAGAUCUCGCUCGCGUUCCGGGGGUCGCGGGAGCCGAAGGCAGCGGAACUGGAGCAAUAGUAGGAGCCGGAGCAGAAGUCGGAGCGGGAGCCAUGGGCAGCGAAACCGGCGGCGCCGGGACGACGAAGGGCGCCGCAGGCGGAGGCGGCGGAGCCGGGAGCACAGGUUGGAUGCUGAGGAAAGGCGAUGGCAGCAGCAAGGGAGGAAAAGCCAGAGCCCGGCACCCCACUGGCAGUCCCGGGACCCAUCCUCCCAGUCUGACUCGGGGGACGACCGGCAGCGGGGCAGGUGGGCUCGGCACCAGCGGACGCAUUCCUGGUCCCCAGGCUCUUCAGCAUCAAGCCCCACAUCCCAGGACCACUCCCCAAGCCCUCGACAGGCGGCAGCGGCAGCGGCCCUGAGCCACCAGCAGAGCCUGCAGGAGCGGCUGCGGCUGCGGGAGGAGCGGAAGCAACAGGAGGAGCUGAUGAAGGCCUUCGAGACGCCGGAGGAGAAGCGUGCCCGGCGACUGGCCAAGAAGGAGGCCAAGGAGAGGAAGAAGCGAGAGAAGAUGGGCUGGGGUGAGGAGUACAUGGGCUACACCAACACGGACAACCCUUUCGGCGACAACAACCUUCUGGGCACCUUUAUCUGGAGCAAGGCCCUGGAAAAGAAGGGGAUCGGCCACCUGGAGGAGAAGGAGCUGAAGGAGAGGAACAAGAGGAUCCAGGAGGACAACCGGCUGGAGCUCCAGAAGGUGAAGCAGCUGCGUCUGGAGCGCGAGCGGGAGAAGGCCAUGCGGGAGCAGGAGCUGGAGAUGCUGCAGCGGGAGAAGGAGGCGGAGCACUUCAAGACGUGGGAGGAGCAGGAGGACAACUUCCACCUGCAGCAGGCCAAGCUACGCUCUAAGAUCCGUAUCCGGGAUGGGCGGGCCAAGCCCAUCGACCUGCUGGCCAAGUACAUCAGUGCUGAGGACGAUGACCUGGCCGUGGAGAUGCAUGAGCCCUAUACUUUCCUCAACGGGCUCACGGUGGCCGACAUGGAGGAUUUGCUGGAGGACAUCCAGGUGUACAUGGAACUGGAGCAGGGCAAGAAUGCGGACUUCUGGCGGGACAUGACCAUCAUCACUGAGGACGAGAUCUCAAAACUCAGGAAACUGGAGGCCUCGGGCAAGGGACCAGGCGAGCGCCGUGAGGGUGUCAACGCCUCUGUGAGCUCAGACGUGCAGUCAGUCUUCAAGGGGAAGACGUACAGCCAGCUACAGGUCAUCUUUCAGGGCAUCGAGGGCAAGAUCCACGCUGGCGGCCCCAACCUGGACAUGGGCUACUGGGAGAGUCUGCUGCAGCAGCUGCGGGCACACAUGGCACGCGCCAGGCUCCGUGAGCGGCACCAGGACGUCCUGCGGCAGAAGCUGUACAAGCUGAAGCAGGAGCAGGGCGUGGAGAGCGAGCCCCUCUUCCCCAUCCUCAAGACGGAGCCACCGUCUCCCGGCCGUAGCCUGGAGCCUGAGGAGCCGGCCACGGCCCCCAGCCCUCCGGGCCCUUCUGCGGAGGGCGGCCCGGCGGAGGCUGAGGGCGCGGCACCCGAGGCGGAGGGCGAGGCCGUGCUCAUGGAGGAGGACCUGAUCCAGCAGAGCCUGGCCGACUACGACGCCGGGCGCUACAGCCCUCGGCUGCUCACCGCGCACGAGCUGCCCCUGGACGCCCACGUGCUGGAGCCCCACGAGGACCUGCAGCGCCUGCUCCUGUCAAGGCAGCAGCUCCAGGUCACAGGUGAUGCCAGCGAGAGCGCCGAGGACAUCUUCUUCCGGCGGGCCAAGGAGGGCAUGGGGCAGGACGAGGCGCAGUUCAGCGUGGAGAUGCCACUGACAGGCAAGGCCUACCUGUGGGCCGACAAGUACCGGCCGCGCAAGCCCCGCUUCUUCAACCGCGUGCACACGGGCUUCGAGUGGAACAAGUACAACCAGACGCACUACGACUUCGACAACCCGCCGCCCAAGAUCGUGCAGGGCUACAAGUUCAACAUCUUCUACCCUGACCUCAUCGACAAGCGCGCCACGCCCGAGUACUUCCUGGAGGCCUGCGCUGACAACAGGGACUUCGCCAUCCUGCGCUUCCACGCAGGGCCGCCCUACGAGGACAUCGCCUUCAAGAUCGUCAACCGCGAGUGGGAGUAUUCCCACCGCCAUGGCUUCCGCUGCCAGUUCGCCAACGGCAUCUUCCAGCUCUGGUUCCACUUCAAGCGCUACCGCUACCGGCGGUGA